AUGUCAAUGGAGCCUGCAGGGGAUCCCCAGUUCUUGACGCCGGCAAUUCAACUUCAGUCCAAGGACCAUGAAGAGAUCCUGAAUGUCAUCGAUCAACUGAGAUCGGAAGGCAUUAGCAGAUAUGUCAACCUCCCACAGUUGGUCGUGUGCGGCGACCAGUCCUCAGGCAAGAGCUCUGUUUUAGAGGCAAUUUCGGGGCUCGGUUUCCCAAUAAAAGACAAUCUUUGCACUCGUUUCGCAACGGAACUCAUCCUGAGACGAUCCUCAACCCUCGGCGUUACUGCGUCCAUUCAUCCUGACGAGGAUCGUCCUGUUUCAGAGCAGGAGAGAAUCCGAGAGUUCGAGUCCUCAACGGUGGACUUGGGUCGCUUUGCAGACAUCGUCAAAGAAGCCGAAAACCACAUUGGCGUAGGUCAAGACGGCCAUGUAUUUUCAAAAGACGUUCUUCGAGUCGAGGUCUCAGGGCCCACCCAACCUCAUUUGACUCUGGUCGAUCUUCCCGGUCUCUACCAUGCACCCGACGAGUUUCAGAGUGUCGAAGGAGUCGACUUUGUGGAGUCUUUGGUCCUGUCCUACAUACGGAACGAGAGAAGUGUCAUCCUGGCUGUCAUCUCCGCCAAGAGUGACAUAGCGCUCCAGAAGGUUACCGCUUUCACCCGCAAAGUCGACCCGACAGGAAAUCGCACGAUGGGCAUCAUCACCAAACCAGAUUCUCUCCCGGAGGACUCUGACAUGGAACGGUCUUUUUUCCAACUGGCCAACAACAAGCGGGUACCGUUCAGGCUAGGUUGGCAUGUCCUCAGAAACCGAGAUCACAAAGAGCGACAUUUCUCACUCGCCCAGCGUAACGAAAAAGAGCUCGCAUUUCUCGCAAGUGGUGUGUGGGCGGCCUUGCCAAAAUCCCAGGGCGGCAUUGACUCACUUAAGCCAAGAUUGAGUGCAGUUCUGAAAGAUCAUAUCCUCUCCGAGCUCCCAGACUUGAUUGGCGAAACUCAACAGUCUGCGCAUGACACUGCAGCCAGUCUACGCAGGCUGGGGGAUGCGCGUCAGACACUGGCUGAUCAACGUCAAUAUCUCCUGCAUAGCAGUGAAAGGCUCACUAGUCUUCUAGGCAGUGCCAUCCAUGGAGUCUACAACGACCCCUUUUUUGGUGAUGCGAUGGAAGAUGAUGGCUACCAAAGGCGACUACGGGCUGUGGUCCAAAACCGUCUCUCUGAUUUCUCUGAGAAUCUGGAAAAACACGGGAUGCAAAGAGAGAUCAUAGACGACGAUGACGACGAUUACGACGACGACGCUAACUCCAUGGAUUCUAGUGAACCCAGGAUUCUCCGUUCCAACUUCGUGCAAGAAGUCCAGCAACGUAUGCGCAGGAGCAGAGGACGAGAGCUUCCUGGCACAUUCAAUCCCCUCAUCAUUGGUGACCUGUUUUACCUACAAUCAAAGCCGUGGGAAUCAAUCGUGACGGAUUGUAUUGACAAUUUACUGGAAGACGUCCAGAAAACCACCUUGCCCAUCUUGCGUCACAUUCUAGACAACAAAAGCCUCACGGGGCUCAUAGAACACGUUCUCAACCCAGCUUUUGAUGCAAUCGAGGCGUCAUUACGGCAAAAGACAAGGGAGCUUCUCGAACCUCAACAACUUGGGCACCCAAUUACUUACAAUCACUACUUCACAGAUAGUGUGCAGGAAGCCCGGGUGGGGCACAUUUACAGAAAUACCGCCCGGAGACUGAAAGAAUUCCUCGGGGGACAAUACCCGCAGAAUUCAUCCUCUGUCCAGCGGUUCACGUUCAGCAUAGACCUCCUGGUUGAAAGUCUGGCAGGUGAAACCGAAGUCAGUAUGGAAGUCUUUGCCGCUUCUGAAGCGGUUGAUUGCAUGCAAGCAUAUUACAAGGUGCUGAGACUUUCCAGACUCUAA